ACACGCCCACAUUUUUCCCGCAUGGUGGACUGUAGCGUCGUCCUGUAUUGUUGUUCUGAAAUAAACCUGGCUGUAUCUAUGUAUCAGCAUGUGAUAGUGUGGGGUUUUAGGUUGUAUUAUCAGUUUGUCCGCGUCUUUAAAAUAGUGGAAUAGGUGUCAGACGACAGAACCCACUCUUAAACUCUACUCUACUUUUGGAUAUUGAGCUAGUUAGCUUGUUGUGCUAGCUGGCUAGCAGUCUUAUUUGAGAAGAAUGAAGACAUGUAACGGGAACUCCAGUAUUGUGGACAUGUUUGAAAAGGGAAAAGUCCUGAAAAUAUGUGCUCCAAUGGUUCGAUAUUCAAAGCUUGCGUUCAGGUCCUUGGUGAGGAAGUACAACUGUGACAUCUGCUUCACCCCAAUGAUAGUUGCUUCUGACUUCAUGCGAUCCGUCAAAGCCAGAGACAGUGAAUUCACUACCAAUGAGCGUGACCGGCCCCUGAUAGUGCAGUUUGCUGCCCAUGAUGCUCAGACCCUGGCUGAUGCAGCCUGUGUGGUAGCACCUUUCUCAGAUGGAGUUGACCUUAACUGUGGCUGUCCCCAGAGAUGGGCUAUGUCAGCCGGGUAUGGUGCAUGCCUCAUCAACAAGCCUGAACUUGUGAAAGAUAUGGUCAGACAUGUCAGAAACCAAGUGGACAAUCCAAACUAUACAGCGUCCAUCAAAAUAAGAAUUCACAAGGACCUGAGACGUACAGUGGAUCUGUGUCAGAAGGCUGAAUCAGCUGGUGUGUCAUGGAUAACGGUCCAUGGCCGUACAGCAGAAGAACGUCACCAGCCCGUCCAUUAUGAUGCCAUAAAGACAAUCAAAGACAGUUUAUCUGUACCUGUCAUUGCCAAUGGGGACAUAAAGUACCUCCGUGAUGUGGAGUCCACUCACCAGCUUACUGGUAUCGAUGGUAGGCCAUCAACAAAGAUGACAUUGCAAUGGACUGCUGUGGCCCUCUUUCUCUAUGUGGAGAUUGGCAUCCUUGUCAUCCUCUGUUUACCCUUCAUCUCUGCCAGGAGGUGGCAGAGUAUUUUCCAGCUGAGGAUCUGGAGCUUUGUGGCACGGUUCUGGAACAAAGUGUUUCUCACCAUGAUCAUAGUACUUAUCGUUCUCUUCCUUGAUGCUGUCCGUGAAGUGAGGAAGUAUUCACAAAAAGAACUUGGCACAGAUUCCAAGCUGCAGCCGAACAUGUUUGACCACCUGCACAUGAAGCUUUUUAGAGCCCAGAGAAACCUCUAUAUCUCUGGCUUUGCUGUCUUCCUCUGGCUAGUUAUGAAGCGAGUGAUCACCUUGAUUAACCAGCUGGCAGCCAUGUCUGGGACUACAGCUGCUCUUCAGGCACAGGCUGACAACGCUAACCAGACUGCCAAGAAAUACAUGGAGGACAAUGAGCUGCUGAAACAGACUCUGGUGGAAGGGAAGGGUGAAAAGGCCACUUCAGAGGGCAUGGAGCUGUUGAGAAAGGAGGUGGAGGCACUGAAAGAAGAACUUAAGACUGCAGGAGAUGCCCUGAAGAAGUCCCAGUCAGAGGCAGAGGGGAUGAAGAAGCAGACGGAGGGCCUGGCCAGGGAGUACGACAGACUGCUGAAAGAACAUCAGGAACUCCAGAAUCUUCAAGAUAGUGGAAGCAAAAAGGAUGACUAGUUAGUGUAAAAUGUUUAAAAGUUAAAGUGUUUACACAUCAACUCACAAGAGAGCCACUCCAACACAUGCUUUGCCCUCAUAUAUCACCUUGUGUCAACAUGCAUAUCACAAAAUCACGGUUGGCUCCUCAGAAGUACAGAGUUUUGGCUGAUAUCAGUAACAGUUCUAAAGCGUGGAGGUGAACCAAACUGGUUUAAAUUGGAUGAGUAAUAUUUUGUGUUUCCCUGUUUCUGCCUGGCACAGUGUGACUAAGAGGAUUGCUUUUUUUUUUUAAGUUCACACUCUAUCAGGCAGAUUAACUGUGCAAGGUAUUUGGAAAGAAUUCAGUCAGUAAUUGACCCAGGUCUGAUCACAGAGCUCUUGAUAUGUUAAAGAAAUUUUCAACUAGGAUGGGUGUUUGUUUUAUGGCAUUUGUUUCAGCCUGGUGCACAGAGUGGAAGAUUUGCGAAAAGCUGGAGCACUGUAUUACUGUUGCAAACAGCUAUGAAUGUAUUUUGAUACUAAAGAUUUGCUUCUCUAUUUCUGUAUGUAGCAGGGGCAUGUGCUCUUCAAACUUGCAGCUUAAAUACAGUAUGUAAAUGUAGCCUGUGCUUGCAUGGCUGUGCAAAUACAGUUUGCAUGUACAUUUGCACUUAGACAAAUCAUCUUCAUGUUUUCCAGCUGCUGUUCUGUACUGUUCUGUUUUAACAGUAGUAGUUGUGGUGAAUGUUAAUGGUUGGACAGCAUCAGGCAUCCAAGUGUUUUUUUUCUGGUUUCCUUCUUAAUUUUAACAUGUAAAUGUCGAUGAAAAUCUUCCGUUAAAUAUCAAAUAUAAGUAAAACAUAGGGAUGAAAAAAUUUUGAUCUUACUUAGGCUUUUAAUAACAGAUUCUUGUUAAUGGCCACAGAAGUCCACAUUCUUUUAUACGUGCUGCACUGCGUGUUUAUUUUUCUGGUUAGCGCACCAGUUGCACUGGCAGCUGUUCUGUAUGAAAAAGUGCAGUAUGGUUUUUCUUAUAUUUCCAUUAUCCAGACAGAGCGAUGUCACUGUGAAAGAGGAGCUGAGACUUUAAUCACCAGUUAGUUCAAUGUUUCCCACUUCUUCGCGCUAAAGCAGUUCUUGCAUGGGUUUACCACAUUUACUAUUCAGGUCAUAAAACUGCAAGAAUGCCUCUUCAAGUUGUUUUCAUAUAUUUCUGUCAGACAGAAAUCAGAAUGAAGUGCCUUGUGGGUGGAUGCAGUACAUGUUGUUUAAUAAAGAUCUGUUUCUUUA